AUGCCGCCUCCCCGCUCCCCAUACGCGCAUCUCCCCGUGUCACCCAUAAACUGCCCCGACCAGUUCAACUUUGCGCGGGAUAUCGUCGACGCGCACGCGAAGAGACUCCCUGAUGCCACCGCUUUGCAUUGGGUAUCACAAGACCUCUCGACGUGUCACCAGCUGAGUUACAGCCACUUCUCGCGGCGCUCUAACCUCAUCGCCAAAGUCCUGUCCGAUCUUGGCCUGCAGGCGGGAGACCUCCUGAUCCUGAUCCUCCCACGGCUACCGGAGUGGUGGGAACUGGCAACGGCGUGCCUGCGUAUGGGCGUCAUUCUCUGCCCGUGUACGACGCUGCUGGUGGACAAGGAUAUCGAGUACCGGCUUAACGUCAGUGGGGCUGCUGCCUUUGUCGGUGAUGAGGUUGCGGUUGGCAAGAUGCUUAAGAUCCGGGACCGCUGCAAGAGCCUCAAGCAUGUGAUCCAGAUAAACAGCGUCUAUACUUCCAACCCCCGCGCAUCGGUACCCGCCAACGUCAUCGACUUUCACGCCUCGAUCGACAAGGUCCCGUCAGUCACCACAUACGAUGUUCCCUCGUCGCUGAAGCCAACCUCACCGGCCCUCUCAUUCUUCACUUCUGGCACCACGGGACCACCCAAGCUCGUGCUGCACAGUCAAGUCUCCUACCCGCUCGCCCACGCUCUCACCGGCACGCACUGGCUGCGUCUCCGGCCGCCGCCCCAACAAUCCCUGUACUGGAACCUCUCGGAGCAGGGUUGGGCCAAAGCGGCGUGGUCCUUCUUCUCGACGUGGAACUGCGGCGCCAGCCUUUUUGUGCACGACGACCGCCAACCCUUCUCGGCUAAGCGCACACUCCAAGUCCUGGCCAAGUUCCCCAUUACCACCCUGUGCGCUCCGCCCACAGUCUGGCGGCAGCUCGUCCUCGACGAGAACCGCAAGCUGAUCGAAAGCGGCGGACUGCGGCCUCGAUCCCUCAAGCACGCGACCGGGGCGGGCGAGCCGUUGAACGAGAGCGUCAUUCGCCGCUGGAAGGAGAUCAUGGGUAUGGAGAUCUGCGAUGGUUACGGGCAGACGGAAAGUAUCCUGGUGUGCGCGAACCAGGAAGGCAAGGAGGUCCGCUACGGCAGCAUGGGCAAGCCUCUGCCCGGCGUGCCACUGACGAUCCUCGAUGAAAACGGCCAGGAGCAGCGGGUCGACCAGGAAGGCGACAUCGCAAUCGAAGUGCUGGACCGGGGAAGGCAGACAUUCAUGGGUCUCUUCGACGGCUACAUUGACAUGAAGACGGGCAAGCUGGACCGCAAGCUUCGUGAGUUCGGCCAUGGCGACCAUGCUCGUCAAUUCUACCUUACAGGCGACCGGGCCUGGCGCGACAAGGACGGCUACUUUUGGUUCGUUGGCCGCAGCGACGACGUUAUCAACAGCAGCGGCUACCGCAUCGGUCCCUUCGAAGUCGAGUCCACACUGAAGCUACAUCCCGCAGUCGUCGAAUCAGCCGUCGUGGCCAGCCCGGACCCGCAGCGCGACGAGGUCGUCAAAGCCUUCGUCGUUCUGACUGACGGUGCGGCCCAGGCUCUGAAAACUAAAGGCGACACGGGCCAAGAGGAACUGACAAGGGAAUUGCAGGAUUUCUGCAAAGAGAACGCCGCGCCGUACAAGUAUCCAAGGAAGGUGCAGUUCGUAGACGCGAGCUUCUUGCCCAAGACCAUCAGCGGCAAGAUCCGGAGGGCCGAGUUGAAGAAGAUGGAGAAGGACCUGUAUCAGAAGGAGAAGGUAAAGGCAAAGCUAUGA